AUGCAAUUUCUUUCUUCGCAAUCCUCCGCCGUAAGCACCUUCAUCAGUGGCAGUCGGCAGGAGGAGUUCGCUCUCCGAUGCCCAUCUCGGGUGAGCACCACCGCCACCAGCAGCAAUUACAACACAACGACGACGAGAGGCAACGUGAGCUGUCCGGCCUCCUUCCGGUGGAUCCACACGGUCAAGCCUUUCGCUUACAACACUACAGCUGGGCCUACAGCUGCCCCUUCGCCCUCAGCUGAUGAUUAUUACGGCGGCUAUUAUUAG